AUGACAGCUCACUUAGCGAUCUUAGCAGUCGCAUUAGGCCUGCUUUCACUUCUGUGGCGGGGUUUUACAGGGAGCAAGAGAGCCCAUCUACCCCCUGGGCCGAGAGGCAAGCCCAUUAUCGGCAAUUUACUCGACCUACCCACGCCGGGAGUACAGGAGUGGCAACACUGGCUAAAACACAAAGAUAUCUACGGACCCCUUAGCUCUAUCACAGUCCUAGGAAAAACCUUGAUCAUAAUAAACGAUAGAGAUCUGGCAUUUCAUAUACUGGAAAAGAAUUCCGCAAGACAUUCUUCCCGACCGCGUCUAGUAUUUGCCGACGAAUUGUAUGUUACCUACACUGCUCAACGUCAAGGAGAUUUUAGUGCAUAUUCUAAGCUGACUGGGGCUGGAUGGGGCAAGCUAAUGUCAAGCCAGGAUAAUACGCCUCUUCUCCGGACUUAUCGUCGAGCAAUUAGACGAAUUAUUGGAACACGAGAGUCCGCGUCCAAGUUUGACAGCCUACUCGAAUUAGAGGCACGAAGGUUUGCAUGCCGAGUACUGCGCACACCUGGAAGAUUCAUGGAGCAUAACAGAACUGCUGCGGGCGCUUUCAUUCUGAAUGUCACGUAUGGCUAUAGCAUCGAGCCACAUGGUGAAGACCCAUUAGUGUGUCUAGCCGAUCACGCAUUGGAGCAAUUCGCAGAGGCAGCCAUGCCAGGGGCAUGGUUAGUCGAUAUGAUUCCGGCAUUGAAAUACGUUCCAGAGUGGAUGCCGGGGGCAAGGUUCCAGCGAGUUGCCCGAGAUCAUUUUGCAACCCUCACAAGACUCGUGGAGAAUCCAUUCAUGUUUACAAAAUUCCAGAUGAAUCGUGACGAGGACCGGCAGUCUUUUGUUUCGACGCUUCUGAAACAAGGAGAAGAAGAAGAAAUAGUCAAAUGGGCCGCAGUGGCCAUGUAUGGCGGAGGGUCUGAUACGAUCGUUGCAGUCCUAGAAGUCUUCUUCCUAGCAAUGACGAUGUUCCCGGAUGUUCAGUGCGAGGCUCAAAAGGAAAUUGACAAAGUAUUUGGCAGGCCGACUUUACCGAAAACAACUGACCGAGAAAGUCUGCCCUAUGUCAAUGCACUGGUCAAGGAGGCCCUCAGAUGGCAUACUAUUGCACCUUUCUCGAUUCCCCACCGAGCGGACGAAGAUGAUCUCAUAAAUGGCUUCGCGAUUCCCAAGAAUGCAAUUAUCUUGCCCAAUGCUUGGUGGUUCAACAAUGAUCCUGUUAUUUAUCCCAGUCCGCGGGAAUUCCGGCCCGAGAGAUUCCUGACAUCUCCCCCUGCCCUUGAUCCAGGUGAUGUGAGCUUUGGCUUCGGUCGCAGAGUUUGUCCAGGACGCUUAAUUGCCGAAACAUCUGUUUUCCUAAUGAUUGCCCACACUCUCGCCCUAUUCGACAUCAGGAAGCCUAUUGGAGAAGAUGGCAUGGAGGUGGAUCCGAUCGUAGAUUUCACACCUGGCAUUUUGAGCCACCCUGUGCCUUUCAACGCUGUGUUUACACCACGAAGUCAGGCGCAUGAACAGCUGAUUGCCAAUUUCGAGAAAACCCAUCCAUUUGGGAAGGGAGAUUCCGAGAUUUUAGAAAAGGCGCUAAAUUGCCCUUGA